AUGGGGAUCUGCUGCAGCAAGGCGGCAGCAGGGGAGCUGGACGACGACGAGGGCUUGGGCUUCCCAUGGAUGCACGACGACGCGUUCCACCACCACCUGUGGGCCAGCGCCGGCGUCUCCGUGCACACCAAGCAGGGAUGGAAGGGCGCCAACCAGGACGCCAUGACCGUCUGCCAGGACUUUGCUGGAAACAAGGGCCACAUAUUCUGCGGGGUAUUUGAUGGCCAUGGCCCUCGUGGCCGGGAAGUCGCUCGCCAUGUCCGUGACACCCUUCCAGUGAAACUAGCCUCUGCUUUGACACCAAAAACUGGAGAUGAAGACUCCUCAAGCGAUACUUUGAAGCUUAAACCUGAAGAAGAUGACUCAAGCAAUAAUUUGAAGCUCAAACCUGAAGAAGCUGACUCAAGCAAUAAUUUGAAGCUCAAACCUGAAGAAGAUGACUCAAGCAAUAAUUUGAAGCUCAAACCUGAAGAAGCUGACUCAAGCAAUAGUUUGAAGCUCAGACCUGAAGAAGAUAAUUCAAGCAAUAGUUUGAAGCUCAGACCUGAAGAAGAUAAUUCAAGCAAUAGUUUGAAGCUCAGAACUGAAGAGGAUCCCUCAAGCAACACAGAUUUGGAUUCCUUUGACAAGUCAGAGAGCAGCUCAUUCAGUGAUGAUCCCAGCGAUGAGAGCCAGCUGUUGUCCACUUGGAAGAACAUAUUCGUCAAGACAUUUGAGCAGGUGGAUGAGGAGCUGAGGCAACAUUCAGGAAUCGACUGCAUUUGUAGUGGCACAACUGCAGUCGCUGCUGUUAGGCAGGGUGAUCACUUGAUCGUUUCCAAUUUGGGCGAUUCACGCGCUGUCCUUUGCACCCGUGACAGCAAGGACCGUCUGAUCCCCGUCCAGCUCACCACUGACUUGAAGCCAGAUCUUCCAAGUGAGCUCGCAAGGAUUCUGAACUGCAAGGGAAGAGUGUUCGCCAUGGACGACGAGCCAGACGUGCCCAGGAUGUGGCUGCCGGAUCAGGAUGCGCCAGGCCUCGCCAUGGCAAGGGCCUUCGGUGACUUCUGCCUGAAGAACCAUGGCCUUAUCUGCACACCUGAAGUCUACUGCAGGAAACUGUCUGAGAAAGAUGAGUUCUUGGUGCUUGCUACUGACGGGAUUUGGGACGUGCUGUCGAACAAGGAGGUGGUGAAGCUCGUGUCAUCUGCGAGCGACCCAUCCAAGGCGGCGAGGCAGCUGAUCGACCGUGCUGUCCGAGCGUGGCGGCGCAAGUAUCCGACGUCCAUGGUGGACGACUGCGCCGUCGUGUGCCUCUACCUGAACCGGGCCUCUCGUGGUCCUGACGAGAGCCUCAGAGUCCCAGGCACAGGAGAGGACGUGAAGCCGGCGGUCGUGCCGUUCACGGGCAGCAGCUUCCGCAGGGCUCUGAGUAACGGCGGCUGCGAGGCGUCGUCGGAGGAGGGGGCGACGGUGUGGAGGGCGCUGGAAGGGGUGGCGCGGGCCAACUCGAUGAUCAGGCUGCCGCGCAUGGGGCGCGUGCUGAGCUGGCGGAGGCGGUCGAGUUCGCUGGAGGAAGACGACGGCGAGGAGCGGGAUUGA